AUGAAUCGAUAUCGAAACGCUCCAACCCUCCGAGGGCCCAGCAAAGCCUCUGCAACUACACUGUGCCAAAAAUGCCUGAAACGAGAUAUCUAUGAAUGCAAGGCACCCGCGCAAGAACGUCCAUAUAUCCCGCGGCCUUCGCGGACCCAGCAGCUAUUGAAUCCGAAAUUAGUCCCUAAGCUUUCCACCGAAAACCCAAAUGAGUUGUUGCGAACAGAGGGUGUGGCAGACGAACUACUUGCCAGCCGGGAGGAAGAGCGUGGCCGUAAGAGAGACCUCGAAGAUGCAACAGAUCGCCGUGGUACCUCUCCAAAGCGUGCCAGAUCAAUCUCAUCCCACUCAAUGAGCUCAAUCUCCACAAUAUCUACAAAUCGGUCCUAUUCUGCUUCGCCCCGCCGCGGUGGAAAUGACACACAUGGCAGCCGUCGUCGAGAUGUCUCGGCGUCACCAGACCCAACAAAGUCCCGCAAAAGGCGCUAUAGUGAUUCAUCUGAGGGUCGCUCUGGCUCUGUGCAUUCAGGGCCCACACACCGCUCACCCUCAAAAGAGCGGAACAGUGACCGAAACACCCGACGCCGACGCCGAGAGUCUAGCCCUGAACAGCGGGGUCGCCAUCGCGGAGAAGGAAGACACAGUGAGCGUCGGCACCGCCGCAGUAGGAGCGCGGACAGGGACCGACUUCCGAAAGAAAGGCGUUCCAUGACCCCGGAUGCUGCUGGUGACCGUGACCGUCCAUACAGGGAUCGAGCAAGCCCAUCACGCCAAGUUCCACCUCCACCUGGACGUUCUGGGCACGAUAGUAAACCGCGGGCCAAUCAGCCUCCUCGAGAACGGAGUCUCAGCCCAUUCAGCAAACGUCUCGCUUUGACUCAAGCUAUGAAUAUUGGACGGUAG